ACGGAAUCCAAGAAUCAUGAAAAAUUAUUUAUUUUCCGCGUUUACAAAGCAUAAUAUCCAUGUCGUUAUUUUUUUUUUUUCGUCUCUUUUUUUCCACUCGCAGGUAUCUCCAAGGGGCGCGUUGGAUUGCGCGUUGCCACGGCUCCGUGGGACUGUAUCAACCCCUAUAUAAGGCUGAAUCCUUCCCCGCGAAAGUUUAGACGUGGCUCAGCGGGCGGUCCGACGCGUGAUCGUUCCCUUUUCCGUUUCCUUUUUUAUUUUCAACGCGACACACGAACCCAUCGCAAACCGUGUGCAGAUCAUCCCCCUAAUAUUCUCGCGAUUCAGCACCUUUCUUUCAUCGUUAUGUUUAUAAAAACGAGGUUGUUCGCGCUGUCGAUCGUUGUUGUUUCGCAAGUGUCGUGGCUCGUGAGUGUACCGCGUGCGGAUUACGGAAAUUCUCUGCGGGUGUAUAACGUGGGCGUUCUUAUGGCAUCCCAUCUCGACAGCCCGUUUGAUCUUGAGCGAUGUGGCCCGGCGGUCGAUCUGGCUUUGGCAGAAGUAAACGAUUUCUUGAGUGUUCACAACGUGCAGCUGCGCAAAGUUCAAGGAAGUUAUCCGACCUGCAGUGGGGCAAGAGCGCCCGGUUUGGCGGCGGACAUGCAUUUCCGGGACGACGUGAUCGCAUUCAUCGGACCGGCCUGUGCCUUCGCCCUGGAACCGGUGGCACGUCUCGCGGCCUAUUGGAAUAGUCCAAUUAUCACUGGCAUGGGUGACCAACCUCCCUCGGAAGGCGAACUGUCAGUCACAUCUGGUAUCCUUGGAAGGAUCCAUAAAUGGAAGAAUGAAACGGGAAUUUUUAAAGACAAAAGCAAGUAUCCCACUUUAACAAGGAUGUCGUACUGCCAGUGUCGACUGCGACUCGUCUUCGCCAGCGUGUUCAAGGAAUUCGGUUGGUCCCACGUCGCCUUGAUAUUAGACAGAUCGGACUUGUUCUCGUUGACGGUAGGAAAGAAUCUGGAGUACGGUCUGCGUAAAGAUGGCCUCUUGAAGUUCGUGAGGGAGUUGGAUGGGAAUUCCGAGGAGGAGUCGUACCAUCUUUACCUGCGCGACGCGAGUAUGUACGCGAGAAUUGUGAUACUCAGCGUUCGCGGAACACUAGUCAGGAAAUUUAUGCUGGCCGCCCACGAAUUGGGAAUGACGAGAGGGGACUGGGCUUUCCUCGACGUCGAGAUAUUUCACGGUUCCUACUGGGGUGAUCACGACUGGGAAGUCGGAGACGAAGACGAUGCUAAUGCCAGGAAGGCUUACGAGGCUCUGUUGAGGGUGUCUCUUCUUCAACCGACCAGCCCGCGAUUCCAGGAUUUUGCCGAUAGUGUUAGGCAGCGUGCGCAAUCCGAUUAUAAUUACACGUUUUCGGAAGGCGAAGAAGUGAAUUUCUUUGUCGGAGCAUUUUACGACGGUGUUUACUUGUUAGGGAUUGCGCUGAACGAGACGCUGGCCGAGGGUGGCGAUAUCAGGGAUGGCAUAUCUAUAACAAGGAGAAUGUGGGACCGAGACUUCAUGGGUAUCACUGGUCACGUCAGGAUAGACGACAACGGAGAUCGUGACGCGGAUUACAGCAUCCUUGAUUUAGAUCCCAUUACUGGAAGGUUCGAAGUAGUCGCUCAUUAUCUGGGAUUAAGUCGAGAAUAUAAUCCUAUGACUGGCAAGAAGAUUCACUGGCCGGGAGGAAGAGAAGGGCCUCCACCAGAUAUUCCAGAGUGCGGCUUUUUGGGGAACGAUCCGGAUUGCACCUCCAGGAGAGAUGCUUACACGUUUGUAGCUUACACGGGCAUAGCACUUGCCGUAUUUCUGCUCGCUGCAAUUACAGCCGCUUGUCUUUUGUACAGACAUUUGCGAUUGUCCGCCGAUCUCAAUAACAUGUCCUGGCGCGUAAGACCCGAGGAGCUGCUUCUGGAAGUCGGGAAACAGUUUUCGUCAAAGAUAAAUCUACAUCAAGCGAUGUCCGAUGCGAACAAUUUCGGGUUAGAACAGAGGAUACGUCGUGGUUCGCAAAUCAGUUGCGAAUCCUUACCACUCACGACGGUCUUUACUACGAUCGGAAUAUACAAGGGUGAGAGAGUGGCCAUCAAAAAAAUUACAAAGAAAAAGGUGGUCGAUGUCACGAAAAAAUUGCUUUGGGAAAUCAAACAAGUCAGAGACGUUACAUCGGAAAACACCGUGAGAUUUAUCGGAGCUUGCCUCUGUUCUCCGUCGCCGACCGUCUUAAUUCUUACCGAAUAUUGUCCUCGAGGAUCAUUGAAAGAUGUCCUGGAAAACGAGGCGAUCAAGCUGGAUUGGAACUUUCGGAUGUCCUUGAUUCAUGAUAUCGUCAAGGGAAUGUCUUAUCUUCACGCCAGCGAAGUUUCCGCUCACGGAAAGUUACGAUCGUGCAAUUGCUUAAUCGAUGGUCGUUUCGUAUUAAAAAUCUCAGACUUCGGCCUCAAAACUCUCACCACGCCUUCCGACUUGAUUAUGGACGAGAGUUAUUACAUCAAAUUACUUUGGAUUGCCCCGGAACUUCUACCAUUAACGGUAACACCCGGAAGUGCCGCGACGCAGAAGGGUGACGUUUAUAGUUUUGCGAUUAUUCUGGAGGAGAUAGUAGUCCGCGGUGGUCCCUACGAGGUAGCCAGGACCUUUAUGACGGCACAAGAAAUCGUAAAUAGGGUGUCAGCAUCGGAGAAUCCUCCCUUGAGGCCGGAAGUCGCGCCGAAAGACUGUCCACCGGAUAUACUAUCGUUGAUGGAAAAGUGCUGGCACGAAGUUCCAGAUGAACGGCCUAGUUUCCAUGCGAUUCGCGGUACAAUACGAGGAAUUAUGAAAGGAUAUUGCGAGAAUUUAAUGGACGAUUUGCUACGACGAAUGGAGCAGUACGCCAACAACUUGGAAGCACUCGUCGAAGAGAAGACGGAGCAGUUGAGCUUGGAGAAGCGUCGCAGUGAGGAAUUGCUGUAUCAAGUGCUACCGAGACAAGUCGCCGGUCAACUGAUGGCUGGGGAGAUGGUGCAACCGGAACAGUUCGAGUGUGUCACUAUCUACUUCAGCGAUAUCGUUGGUUUCACGGCGCUGUGCGCGCAGAGCACGCCUAUGGAAGUCGUGGAUUUCCUGAAUGAUUUGUACAGUACCUUCGACAGUAUUAUCGGAUUUUACGACGUUUACAAGGUAGAGACCAUAGGAGAUGCAUAUAUGGUGGCGUCUGGCCUUCCGGAGAGGAACGGUGACGAACAUGCGAGGGAAAUUGGAUUGAUGGCUCUGGCGAUAUUGGACGCCGUCAGAUCAUUCACUAUAAUGCACAAGCAGAACACUCAAUUGAGCGUGCGAAUCGGCGUGCACAGUGGUCCGGUUUGCGCUGGGGUGGUGGGUCAGAGGAUGCCGCACUAUUGCCUCUUUGGCGACACCGUGAACACAGCGUCUCGAAUGGAAUCCUCCGGCCUUCCUUUGAGAAUACAUGUCUCGGAAGCGACGAAGAAUAUCUUGGACAAGUUCGGGACGUUUGAUCUCGAACUCAGAGGGGAGGUGGAGUUGAAAGGAAAAGGCAGGGUGACUUCUUACUGGUUGACCGGCUGUUCGGAGCCCGACUCCAGGUUGGUUGUACCGAGAUAUCGCAGACUCAGUAGCAGCCAACCCGAGAAUAAUUUGAAUCCGUUAAUCUUUCCGCCAAAUAAUACAAACGGCCCGAAGGCUAGCAACAACACCUUCAUCAAUCUGGCAGAAUUAUAAUAAUUAACGUUCUCUUUAGAGAGCGGCAGAUCUGCAAUGCAGAAUUUCACAUGUGCCAUGCGCGCAACUUAAGGUACAAAUAUAUGCGCAAAAAUUAGAAAUCAGUAAGAAUUAUCAUAGAAGUGUUAACUUUUUU